CGCUGAUUGGUCGAUAACCGCAAAGGGGGCGUGGCCAAAGCUGUGAGGGGCAGCGGGACCCCCCCGGGGUUGGGGCAGGACGAGACGAGAUGCAGCUGUGGCCGCUCUGGCCCCUGCUGGCUCUGGCCCUCGGGGGGUCCCCCCACGCCCCCCACCCACAUUUCGGGGCUCCCCCCUCGCACGACCACGACCCCGAGGGGCUUUUUUGGGACCACGCGGCCAUUUGGGGAGCGCAGGAGGCGCGGGAGCAGCGGGAGCUGCCCCCCGAGGAGUCGCGACGGCGUCUGGGGCUGCUGGUGUCGCGCAUGGACGCGGACGGCUCGGGGCAAGUCUCGCGAGAGGAGCUGCGCGGCUGGAUCCUGCGCAGGCACGGCGGCGCCCGCCAGGAGGCGCUGCGGGAUCACCGCGCGCGCCUCGACCGCGACCGCGACGGCGCCGUCACGUGGAGCGAGUUCGCGCGGGAGAACUUCGGGGAGAGCCAGGAUUUUGGGGGCUCCCCUGACCCCGAUUCCCACCGGAAGCUUCUGGAACGUUCCCGGCGCCGUUUCCGGGCGGCCGACGAGGACGGGGACGGGCGGCUCGAGGCCGCCGAGCUCGACGCCUUCCUGCACCCCGAGGACUUCCCCCGGCUCCAGGACCUGGUGGUGCAGGAGACGAUCGAGGACCUGGACCGGGACGGGGACGGAUUCAUCCAGGUGGACGAGUACAUCGCUGAUUUAUUCGAGGGCCCCCCGGGCUCCCCGGAGCCCCCCGAAAUCCUCCGGGAACGGGAACAAUUCCUGCGGAAUCGGGAUCGCGACGGCGACGCCCGACUGGGACCCGACGAGGUCAAAUUUUGGCUCAGCCCCCCCAGCCCCGACUGGGCCGGGGUCGAGGCCGAGCACCUGAUCCACCACGCCGACCUGGACCAGGACGGGGCCCUGACCCGGGAGGAGAUUUUGGGGCGUUGGGAACUUUUCGUGGGGAGCCGCGCCACCGACUACGGGCAGGACCUGCACCGGGCCCACGACGAGCUCUGAGCCCCAAAAACCCCAAAAACAGCCCCAAAAAUAGUCCCAAAAAUUCCCAGAAAUAGUCC